UCAUACUGAUGAUUUUCGUAUACGGUGCAGGCAAUGUAAGAACAGCCUAUGGUGGUGACGUUGCAGGGGCUUUAGGAAGAGACAACAAAGAUGGCGGCGCCCAUAGGAAGAUGGUUUGAUUGCGUACAUAGGCUAAGCAAAAGGAUUUAUUCGCAACAACCAUCACUUAGGUUUUAUUCUACAUCACAGAUUGUGUAUCCCUUUGCUUCCAGAAAACCACAGAGAGCAUUGAAGCUAUUUCACAAUCCAGUGAGAUGCAUGUUCAUUCAGACCCAGGACACACCAAACCCCAACAGUGUCAAGUUUAUCCCUGGAAGAGCCGUUCUGGAUGGAGGAACCAUGGACUUUUCAAACCCUGCUGCAGCAUACUGCUCACCUCUUGCCAGACAUCUCUUCAGGGUUGAAGGAGUAAAAAGUGUCUUCUUUGGCCCUGACUUCAUCACCAUCACUAAGGAAAGUGAAGGAAUUGACUGGAACCUAAUAAAACCAGAUGUAUAUGCAACUAUUAUGGAUUUCUUCUCCUCAGGCUUACCUGUAGUGACAGCAGAUGCUCCCCGUAAUGAUACAGCUGCAUCUGAGGAAGAUGAUGAAGUGGUGACCAUGAUUAAAGAACUUCUGGAUACCCGAAUUAGACCGACUGUUCAGGAAGAUGGUGGAGAUGUCCUAUUCAGAGGCUUUCAGGAUGGUAUUGUCCAGUUAAAACUUCAGGGCUCCUGUACUAACUGCCCAAGUUCCAUCAUCACUUUAAAAAGCGGAAUACAAAAUAUGCUACAGUUCUACAUCCCCGAGGUAGAGGGCGUGGAACAGGUGACAGAUGAUGAUGAAGAUGAUGAAAAAGAAAUAAAAUCACCCUAAACAGAUUUAUACUGAGCAAACAACUUAAUAUAUAGUCCAAAGUAAAAAAACAAAUUAGCUCUUUUUGCCAUUGUUAAACUUUUAUUAUGCAGUUUGUUUUUAUGCUUUUUGUCUUGUGAUUUACACCAUUAUGACAAGUAAAUUAAAGGGAUAUGAAACCCACAUUGUUUCUUUCAUGAUUCAUAUACAGCUUGUGAUUUUAAACAACUUUCCAAUUUACUUCUAUUAUCAAAUUUGUUUUGUUCUUUUAGUAUCCUUUGUUGAAAAUGAUACCUAGGUAGGCUCAGGAGCUGCUGAUUGGUGGCUGCACAUAUAUGCUUCAUGUUAUUGUUUCACCCAGUGCAUUAACUAGCUCCCAGAAUGCAUUGCUUUUUCAACAAAGGACACUAAGAGAAUUAGGCAAAUUAGAUAAUAGAAGUAGAUUGGAAGGUUGUUAAAAAUUGUAUUCUCUAUCUGAAUCAUGAAUGUAAAACUGGGUUUCAUGCCCCUUGUGUAUGUAUAUAUUCUGUAGUGAAAUAAAAUAUUUAAAUGCCUGUUAA